CAUUCACCAAGCAUCAUAAGAGUUCAAUCCGCACAUAAUCCACAGUUGGAUAGAAUUCAAUAAUAAAAGUUCUUUGCUAUCUUGCAGGGGAUACAAAAACCCCACUACAAUUUUGAUACAUACUCGCUAUUCGCGAUUGUCGCAUACCCGUGCUCGCCGUCACUGGUCCGGGGCUGCUAGGUAAUAACCCUCAUCAAACCCUUGCUUCCAUUGUAUUGGACCCCUGAGCCGUGCAACCCUGGCUGCCUCACCAUCAUUGGUCAAUUGCGUCCAAUCGAAGUAAUCGAUGGCCAGAAAGAUGACCGUUAUUCCCUCUAAAGUGGUCCUCGAUAUAUCCAGUGAUACGAGCUCCAAUGAAGACGAUCACUUUUCCUACGACAGCCUCGAAUUAAACGACUCCUCUAUUCUUGGUGAACUCUCUGUUUCUCAACUUCAGAAUCGACCUUCGAGUACCGAUUCCAAUUCGACAAUUGACUCCCUGACGACUGACCUACAGAAGCUUCACAUAAAUACUGAGAAAUGCAAGAACGGACUCAAGUGUAAAGAUAGCUUGAAGAACCAGGGUCGACGUCGCUUAACGAGACCAGCAAUUGCACCUAACACUUUCGAGGUCCUCGCAACUGUCCCAGAAGACGAGCCGCAUCGCGCAUCUACAUCUGCCACGAAGAGUGUUUCAGGCAAGACACAACAUCUCGAACUUCCAGCUUCCGCUGAGAAAUUAUCGAAUCAUCCCUUAGUUGCACUUGCGCGCAAAGGUAUUCCCCCAGCGAAGGAACAGAUCGCGAAACAUCGCGACGGCUGGUUCGAGGGAAUCAUUUCCUCGAAAUUUCCAAUCACAACCCCUACUUCAAACCCCACCACUCCUCCUGAGCUUAAAAAAGUUCAUUUCGGCUUCAAUCUCCUACCGAUUCAAGAUAGCACCGAACACGGUAAUCCGAACGAGGUUGCUGCACCUGUAAAAUUCACAAUUCUUUUAACGCCGUUGGCUCCUGGGGAAGAGAUAUUGGCAGACAUCGGACCUACAGGUGAAGGAAACAUGGCUCUUGCGGAAGCUAACACGAAUCACCACCUCGCGCCGGUGAAAGAGUUGGAGGCAUCGUCGAUACAUGGAACACGGCAGCCUAGGUCAACAUCCACUAGCCCUGCCACGAAUAGGGAAAAGCGCAUAGAGGGAAUGGCCCCGAGAUCACCUGCACAGCCUGUCGCUAGAAUCGAGGAUUCUGUGGAAGCGCUCGAUAAACUUGAAGAGCAGCUCGAGGCAUUCGAUGUUGCUGCCCAUUUCAGACGAAUUGUCUCUCCGGAUGGCGAGAAUCCAGAAAACAAGUCUUCAAUGCAAUCAUUAUCUGUGAAGACUAGUGAAGCGAAAAGGUCUGUGACACCGCAACCGAAGCGGACUACACCAUCAAAGGCUGGAACCUCUUCUGUUAGAGUCAAGGCGGCCAGUGAACCUCGACGAACUGUCCGUAAGGCGGCAUCGAUGAUUUUCCUGGACUCCCCAAAGAUGAACGGCGAGGAUAAGUCGACGGUUCAAGCUCCAUCGAGGAAAUCGAUAACUAGGGGGAUAGCAAGUCUCCUCCCACCAAAACAGCCUCCUAAAUCAACCAAAAAACCCACCAUCCCUACUUUUGAAUUACCUGGUGAUGAGGUUGCUCGGAAAUUGAAAGAAAAGCGUGAGGCCCGAGUCUCGACACAAUUUUCCGUAGAGCAAUUGACGAAGCCGACCGUUUCAAGUCUCCGGCGUGCUAAGUCAGCUAGAACUUUAACCCGGCCCAAUUUUGAGUUACCGGGAGAAGCCAUCUCCCGUCGCAAACGCGAAGAGCGUGAGGCACAACUAAAAGCACAAGAGGAAGAGGAACGGAAGAGACGGGAAUUCAAGGCGAGGCCAAUUCGUUCAGGUGGUGCGCCUAGUACUUUUCCUCGUGAGACGGUUGCAAGCCGAGCUCGACAGAAUAAGGGGCAUUUGGUAGAGAAUUCAGCCCAACAAAUUGCAUCUGCCUUUAGCAAAGACGUAUCUCCGGUUACAAAUACUUCUCCGCGCCCUCCCCUCUCAAAGACGAACAACCAAACUCAACCACGAGGCCGAGGGCUUCAUCCUGACCCAAUCGGGGUGCAGCCAAUUCGCGGUACAUCAAGUUCCACGAAUGGAAGUACUAGCGCACAGCGUAGUUCGGUGUCGACAGAAGAUGUACAGCAACAGAGAAUUCGCGGCCAGGAGAUUUAUAAACGAGACAACUCAUGGACCGGGGAACGAGAGCGGGAAAAGCGAGAAAGAGAAGCGUUGGCGAAACUCGCAAGAGAAGAAGCCGCAGAACGAUCCCGACAGCAGAGCCGUGAGUGGGCGGCUAAGCAAGCAAGAAAGAGAAUGACUAUUGCUUCGUUGCGAGAUGUCAUGACUUAAAAGAAGUCACAAGCAUAGGCAUUGUACUGUGCUGCUACAGGCGUGUAUAAAUAUUGGUGAGGGGAGUGGGUUUGUAUUAUUCGGCGCAUUCGCAUAUUGCGUUGGGGCGUUUUGAAAAGGGCACAGCCUGGCGUUCACUGGUAUGUCAUGGUCUGAUCAUUAUGGCGUUUUUUUUUUCGAGGAAUCAUUAGGGUAAGGGUACAGGGA